UAUUAUUAUUCCUGUCUUGUUGCCAACUUUGUUCGUUCGUUCGUCGUUUGUAAUUUAAUUUCAUUUGUUCACUAUAAACCAUCUACUACUUGCUACCAGUUUUUCAGAAAUUUUUUUUUCUUCAUUCACAAUAAAACUUUGGCCCAGAACUAUCAUCAUCAUCAUCAUUUAUAAGUUCAAAAAACAAAUGGAUUCAACCAAAGAUCUUGGUAAUAACAGCAGCAUCAGCAGCAGCAAUAAUAAUGUCUACAAGAUUCUAUUGUUGGGUGAUUCGAAUGUUGGAAAAACCUGUAUAGUACAACGUUUUUGUGAUGAUUCAUUCAUCGAUGGUUAUAUUUCAACCAUUGGUAAGUUUGUUUUCGUUUGUGUGUGUGUGUGUGUAAUGAAUUUUUUGUUUCUGAAUAUUUUUUUUUUCUUCUUCUCAAUUCUGAUCAACCAAAUAGGAAUUGAUUUUAAACAAAAAAUGAUUAAAUUAGACGAUGAUAAUAAAGAUAUAAAACUACAAUUAUGGGAUACAGCCGGCCAAGAACGUUUCCGUGCAUUAACCACUGCCUAUUAUCGUGGCGCUAUGGGCAUUAUCGUUGUUUAUGAUGUAACAAAUCUUGAAUCAUUUCAACAUGUAUCAUAUUGGUUUAAAAAUAUUGAUGAAAAUGCCUCACCACAGGUGAUCAAAGUAUUGGUUGCCAAUAAAUGUGAUCUAGAUCAAACAUUCCGUGUUGUUGAUCAUGAACAAGCUGAACAAUUGGCAAAACGUUUCGAUGUACCAUUCUAUGAAUGUAGCUGUAAAAAUAAUUUCAAUAUACAAAAUGUAUUCUAUGAUCUAUGCCAUCGAAUUCAUGAUCAAUUGGAACAGAAUGAAAAUAUGUUUGAAUAUGAUGGCCAUAUAAAUAGUAUGGAUAUAAUUAAAAGAUUAGAAGAUCAUCAACAACGAUUACAACGACGUCGUUCGUCAACAAUGAAUUAUAAUAAUAACAAUGAUGGUGAUGAUGAUGAUAAUAUCGAUGGUGGAUCGACAAUCAAAUCUUGUUCAAAUUGUGUUACAAAUUAUUAUUAUAAUUACAACAACAACAACAAUAGUAGCAGCAGCAGUUUACAUAAUAGUUUUGAUAACCAUGGUAGUAGUGGUGGUGGUGGUAAACAUGAUAAUUCUUCUUGAAAUCAUCAAAAUCAUCAAAUAUACACAAUG